AUGGUUUUAUAUAAUAAAACGAAUUUACUAUUAGACGUUUGGUUUCAAAAUACCCGAGCCAAAGACAAAAAGUCUCGAAAUCAACAAAGACAACAUUUCUCGAAUAUAUCAGACGAUAACAGCAAUAGCAGUAGUGUAACGAAUAAUAAUCUCAAAGCCAAUAUAUCCGGGCUGGCUACCUUGGUGCCAACAGCGGCUGGGAGUGAAGUAUCAAAUGACAUAAUAAGAGAUUGCAAUUUAUGCCAAGUAACGCAAGUUAAUAUUCAACAACAUGCUUUCACUGUUGAACAUAUACGUAAAGUAAAAGAGCUAUUAGCUCAAACAAGUGCUGCGGCUGCGGCAGUUUCAUUGUUACAAGAAGGCGGAGAAGAUGAUGACAAAUGUUCGCUAAUGGAUUACAGGGAUCAACAGGCAGCACCUAAUGGAGAACAGCAGCAUCAGAAUGUCCAACAGCAACAGCAAUUGGCUCUCAUGAUGAUGGCUUUCCAAACACAAAACAUGUCCAAUUCGAUGAUGGCAUUUAAUAUGUUAGAAGACAAUUCAGCUGAAUGUGACGGAGCCGAUGAGUUGAGUGAAAAUAAUUUCUCCACAAAACCCAUGACCAAGAACCAAAAGAAAACUAAACGAAAUCCUAUUAAGAAGAAAAAACUACCGAUGAAAACCCCAAUCGCCGAAAACCUAGCAAAUGAUAAUGAGAUCUUUUUUAAUUUUAAUGCUCAAGCGGCAGGUACUACUACUCAUUUAAAUGUUGCAACUGGCAGUAGGCGGCUGAUGGUGGACAAUUAUAAAAAUGCCAAUUCAAGUGUAGACUCAAGCGAGGCUAACGAUGGCAAUAACAACAAUAGGCAUGAUGAUAUUGAAAUGGCUGCAGAUGACGAACAAGUUGCAGAGGGCAACAGGAGAAAUAUUAAUACCAUUGCAAACAAUUGCGAAUCAAUAAAUGACGCAACUGAUCUAACAAAAUCUCAAAUAUACAAUUAUAAUCACAUUGGUAAGUAAUAUAAAAAUUUACAAAAAAAAAAAAAAUACAUACACAUACAUACGGUUCUUUAUUCAAGCUUUUGCCGUUGAGUUUUUUAUUUUAUUUUGUUAUUUUUUAUAAACUUCACCAUAAGUGAAACCCACCACUACCACAAUUUGUUACCCAAAAUAUCCCUGUGUUGGUUAGUA